UCCUCCCGGGGGCUUGUCUCCGUCAUCCCGGUCCUCCUCUCCGGUCCUCCCUCUCUGUCUCCUCCCCGCCCAGGAGCAGCGUGACCGCGCACUGCAGCUCGUCCACAGAGCGGAGGCACUGAUUAGUUUACAGAGACCGACACCGACACCGAGCCGCCGAGACGAGGAGGACUGCUCUUUAAUUACAUUCACCACGGACAACACGCAGUGGAUAAAAAGAGAGAGAAAGCGCAAGUAUUCAGCGCGGAGUUGCAUUUCGAGGAGUUGUUGUGCGGCGGGAGAGAGAGAAGGAAACAUUAAUUCAGUGGGAAUUAAAUAGAGACAUUGUGUGUGUGGCUACAAGUGGCUCUGCAGCCGUCCUGAGAGAGAGCAGACGAGAGGACAAACUAGUUACAGCCGACUUCAGCGUCUCGUUACUGGAGGGGUAAUGUCUUGAGUCGGCGGCCUCUCCAGCCCAGUAAAGGACGUGCCAGUGCCGGGCUGCUGCUAAUGGGAACUCCUGCUCCGCCAUGAGUGCUCGUGAUGGCGUUGGUGGUGUCGGUGGCAUUGGUACCCUGGGCCGGCGGCCGCGCUUCGAGAACUCAGAGUUCACCUUGCGCAUCUACCCAGGAGCCCUUUCCGAGGGCACCAUCUACUGCCCGAUCAGCGCCCGCAAGACCACUACCGCCGCUGAGGCCAUCGAACGCGUCAUUGAGCGCCUGCAGCUGGACCGCACCAAGUGUUAUGUUCUGGCCGAGGUGAAGGAGUUCGGCGGGGAAGAAUGGAUUCUGAACCCCUGCGACUGUCCCGUGCAGAGGAUGAUGCUCUGGCCCCGCAUAGCGCUAGAGCACCGCCCGCUGUCUGGCGGCGAGGAUUACCGCUUCCUCCUCAGGCAGAAGAACCUGGACGGCUCCAUCCACUAUGGCGGCAGCCUCCAGAUGUGGCUGCAGGUCACGGAGGAGCGCAGGCGCAUGGUGGAACGUGGACUGCUGCCACAGCCUGACUCGCAGGGCGACCACGCAGAUCUAUGCCACCUGCCGGAGCUCAACGAGCGCUCGCUGCUGGACAACCUGCGCUCGCGCUUCCGCCAGGAAAAGAUCUACACGUACGUCGGAAGCAUCCUCAUCGUCAUUAACCCCUUCAAGUUCCUGCCCAUCUACAACCCCAAGUAUGUCAAGAUGUACGAUAAUCACAUGCUGGGCAAUUUGGAGCCACAUAUCUACGCCGUGGCGGAUGUGGCGUACCACGCCAUGCUGCAGAGAGAGAGGAAUCAGUGCAUCGUUAUAUCCGGGGAGAGCGGCUCUGGGAAGACGCAGAGCACAAACUUUCUCAUUCAUCAUCUGACCGCUCUCAGCCAGAAAGGAUUCGCCAGCGGCGUGGAGCAGAUCAUCCUGGGGGCCGGGCCGGUGCUAGAGGCAUUUGGGAACGCCAAGACGGCCCACAAUAACAACUCCAGUCGCUUUGGCAAGUUCAUUCAGGUGAACUACCAGGAGAGCGGCACUGUGAGAGGAGCUUAUGUGGAGAAAUACCUGCUUGAGAAGUCGAGGCUGGUCUAUCAGGAGCACAAUGAGCGAAACUACCAUGUGUUUUACUACCUGCUGGCAGGAGCGAGUGAAGAAGACAGGAAAACCUUUCACCUCAUGAAGCCUGAAGAAUACCAUUACCUCAGUCAGAUGACAACAAAGUCAACCCACCAACUGCACUGGGACAGUUACUGUGAUAGUGAACCGGACUGCUUCACAGUGGAAGGAGAAGACCUGAAGCACGACUUUGAGAGACUUCAGCUGGCCAUGGAGAUGGUGGGCUUCCUUCCUUCCACACGCAAACAGAUCUUCUGCCUGUUGUCAGCCAUCCUUUACCUGGGCAACAUCCGCUACAAGAGGAAAACCUACAGGGACGACUCCAUCGACAUCUGUAACCCAGAGGUGCUGCCUGUCGUCUCAGAACUGCUGGAGGUCAAAGAAGAGAUGCUGUUUGAAGCUCUGACAACUCGGAAGACAAUAACCGUUGGAGAGAAGCUGAUUGUUCCUUACAAACUUUCCGAGGCUGGUACGGUGAGAGACUCCAUGUCCAAGUCCCUGUACAGCGCUCUGUUUGACUGGAUCGUCUUCAGGAUCAACCACGCUCUGCUCAACAUCAAGGACCUGGAGGAGACCACCAAGAUCUUGUCCAUUGGAGUGCUCGACAUUUUCGGGUUUGAGGAUUAUGAGAACAACAGCUUCGAACAGUUCUGCAUCAACUUUGCCAACGAACGUCUCCAGCACUACUUCAACCAGCACAUCUUCAAGCUUGAACAAGAGGAGUACAGGGCCGAGGGCAUCACCUGGCACAACAUCGACUACAUCGACAACACAGGCUGCAUCAACCUGAUCAGCAAGAAGCCCACAGCGCUGUUCCACCUCCUGGAUGAAGAGUGCAAUUUCCCUCAAGCCACCAACCAGACUUUGUUGGAUAAGUUCAAGCGGCAGCAUGAGGGGAACAGCUACAUCGAGUUCCCCGCUGUCAUGGAGCCCGCCUUCAUCAUCCGACACUACGCCGGCAAGGUCAAGUACGGGGUCAAGGAUUUCAGGGAGAAGAACACGGACCACAUGCGUCCGGACAUCGUAGCUUUACUGAAGAGCAGCAAGAACGCCUUCAUCUGCGGGCUGAUGGGCAUCGACCCGUCGGCCACUUUCCGCUGGGCGGUACUCCGAGCCUACUUCAGGGCCCUGGUGGCUUUCAGAGAGGCUGGGAAGAGACACACGCAGAAGAAGACUGGGCAUGAUGACACUGCGCCCUGUGCAGUUAUGAAAAGUGUGGAUAGUUUUAGCUUUCUGCAGCACCCUGUGCAUCAGAGAAGCUUAGAGAUCCUGCAGAGAUGCAAAGAGGAGAAGCACAGUGUGACAAGAAAGAGUCCGCGUACGCCGCUGUCAGACCUUCAGGGAAGCAACACCAUCAACGAGAGCUCACCACGGAGUUCUCCAGGCCUCGGCUGGAACGGGCGCGUGGGUCGACAGAGCCGCUUGUCCUGCACCGGCGCCACCACAGAAGAAGACGGCAUCUUUGUCAACUCUGCCAGCAGCAAACUCCUCGAGAGAGCUCACGACAUCCUCAUGAGGAACAAAAACUACAAAUCUAAGCCAGUGCUUCCAAAGCAUUUACUGAACGUCAAGUCCCUGAAGUACCUGAGCAACCUCACGCUUCACGACCGCAUCACCAAGUCGCUGCUUCACCUCCACAAGAAGAAGAAGCCACCCAGUAUCAGCGCACAGUUCCAGGCCUCCCUCACUAAGCUAAUGGAGACUCUGGGUCAGUCAGAGCCUUAUUUUGUCAAGUGCAUCCGUUCCAAUGCUGAAAAGCUGCCCUUAAGGUUUAAUGAUAACCUGGUGCUGAGGCAGCUGCGUUACACAGGUAUGCUGGAGACCGUGCGCAUCCGACAGUCGGGCUACAACUUCAAGUACAGCUUCAAGGAUUUUGUCCAUCACUUCAGUGUGCUGCUCCAAGAAGGCACCAGGGCCACCAGAGAGGGCAUCCAGCAGAGUCUGGACCAGCUAGACAUGGAACCAGACGGGUACCAAGUGGGAAAGACAAUGGUGUUCCUGCGAGAGGCUGAGCGCCAGCGGCUACAGGCAGUCCUCCACACUGAGGUUCUCAGACGCAUCGUCACACUGCAGCGGCGAUUCAGAGCCCGGCUGGAGAGGAAGCAGUUUGUCAGAAUGAGAGAAGCGGCGAUCUGCAUCCAGAAAUGGUGGCGUUUGUACCGGUCCAUAGACGAGGAGGAGGAGGAGGAGGAGUAUUACGACCCUAACGUCCAGGAGGGGGCAGCAUUGUGUCUGCAGACAAACUGGCGAGGUUACAGGGAGCGCCAGAGGUUCAGGCUGUGGAGGGAGGCUGCUCUGGUGCUACAGAGGGCCUGGAGGUUGUGGCUCUACCGGCGCUGCACGGCAGCUCUGGUUCUUCAGACGGCCUGGCGCUGUCAUCAAGCCAGAGACGCCUACUUGCGGCUUUAUGGCGCUGUGGCACACCUACAGGCAAUCAGCAGAGGCUUCCUCGCCAGGCAGAGCUUCAAACAGCUGAGAGAUCAGAGACUGAGGGAGAAGAAGGAGCAGCAGGAGAAGCUCCUUCAGCUACAGAAUGGCCAGGUGAGUCUCUCACCUGAAGACCAGGACGAGCCGUCUGAGAGCAUCAUGGGGUUGGACCUCAGCACGUGGGAGGAUCGCUCCUACGAGCAGCGAGAAAGGAGCCUCCAAAGCCUCAGCAGCCACGAGGGCGCCGUUAAAGAGGAAGGAGAACAUGCCAGGACAAGAGGGAGUCCCUCUAAAGCGCAAACUGAAGCAGCGGACUCGUUCCAGACAUCCACUGUGGUGGUGCGAGAGAGGUCCAGAACUGUAGACGAGCCCAGCCAGAAAACCACUCGGGCCAAGAGGGAGAGCCGGCGGAUGAGAGAGCUAGAGCAGGCCAAGUUCAGCCUGGACCUUCUCAAGGUGCGGGCAAACAGCGGUGGAGCCUCGUCCCCGUCUGAGGACCGGCGCUGGUCUCUGGAGCUGGUGACCCCCGCGACCCCGCCUCUUCGUUCACCCCAGGGCACGCCCGACAGCCAGAGCUCCAAAGGCAGCUUUGAGCUUCUCCAUAUGGAUGACGAGCCGCCCAAGGCUGUAGAAGAGGUGACAGAUAGUGAGGACCUCUGCUCCCCAGUACCUCCAGUACCUGAGCCUAAUGUGGUUGUUUCAAUAAGCCCGAAGCCAGUUGAACCACAUAGGACAGGGGUUUCUGAUGCUGUUGCCCAUCCAGGCAGCCCGGGCAGGACCAAAAUGCACCCAGCAGCCCCGUCUGCCCCCGCACAUCCGCCCAAAAUCGAGAACUACCUCCCUACCUUUUACGUCCCUGCUAGUGAGGGUAGCACAGUCGCCUCCCGUCGUCCUGCCGAAGAGCCCAAACAAAACACAGAGGCAGCCAUCUCUAAGACCACCGUCACCAAGCCUCUCAAAGAAAGGCGCGAGUCAGCGCGGCGACCUGUGGUGGUGGUCAUCAGCAUGCAGAAAGAAACGCCACUACGCCAAGAGCUGAGUGAUAUCCUCCGUCCCCCUGUAGAGGUUCGAGAUUCUGCAGCCCAUACGAGGGAGAAACCAGCCCCAGCUCCCGUCCCGGUUCCUACCUCUGUCCCUCAGGCCGACCAGGCGGUCAUAGAGAAGCUGGUGCGGCUGAACGAGGAGAAAGAGGUGAGGCAGCGUAAUCAGCGGCAGCAGAACGAAAAGGAGAUGAUGGAGCAGAUCAGACAGCAGAAAGAAGUGCUGGAGCGGCAGCGACUGUUCUUCGCUCAGUACGAGAGAGACAUGUUUGAGAAGCAAAGAGGAGAAGCUCUGCACAAGAUACAGCAGAGUCGACAGGGUGGACAAGAUGUUGGUGGAGCUGCGACCUCCGUAAAGCCUAUUCGACCCAGCUCUCUACUGAUUGAGAGAACAGCAGGGGUAGCUCCUCACGGCAGAACACGGUCAGACUCCACUGCCCCAUCAGUGCACUCUCCCUCGGGUGUAGAGAGCGCCCCUCACCCACAGCUGCCUCCUCCACCUGCAUCUGUUCCCAGACAGAGACGCAAAGAGAACCGGCCCGCUGCCGAGGGCUGGGCCCCCAAACUCACUCUGGAGUCCAAAGAUGGAGGAGGAACCAGAGCGAGUGCAGCAACCAAAAAGCCACCAAGUAAUCAAGGCACCACAGUCAGUAUGACGGACAAGCCAAGCAUCUUCUUCUCUCCAAAGGACAAAGUCACAUUUACAAAGUUUGACGGUGAUGCUGUCCCUAAAGAAACACCUGCAGCCGUUCCCAGAGAAGCUCCGUCACCCGUCCCUAAGCCCUCUAAAGGAGCAAAAACGCGGGAUGUGGGCAGAGCGGGCCAAAAAAAGAAAGCCAGAAUGGCACGGACCCGCUCCGACUUCCUCACCCGCGCCCCCAUCCUCUCAGUUGGGGGCGAUUCAGACGAGGAUGACUAUGAAGGCGACAGCAGCCCCCGUCAUCACAGUCUACCCUUCUCCAAACUGAGCCCCGCGGAGGAGGGCUUAAGAAAGUCCUGUUUCAGUGACUCCGAUAUGCCUAGAGGCUCUGAGGAGCAAAAUAAGUUGCAGAAAGCCAUGUCGUCAGGAGAUUUGGUCAAAGUGGACUCCAUGCGCAAGAACUCGCAAGAUGGAAGGGUUCGUAAGAUGCGUUUCUGGGGCAAGACAAAGUACGGGGAUAAGAAGUCAUCCAGAGAGAAGCUGAUCUGUGGGGCCGAUUCCAUGGACGGAGACUACGGAGACACUGGGCCAUUGCUGGGAGACGCUGGUCAGGAAAACAUGUCGCCACCCACCAGUCCUGACCUGAUGUUGGAUCAAGGGGUCAGAGACCUGAAGGAGAACAAGGCGCCGUCUCCCAAGGUGAGGCGACGGCGCAGCGUUAAGAUCAGCAACGUGGCUAUGGACCAGGCUCAGUGGCAGAACGACGCGCUGCAGAUCAUCACCUGCACCAACGACUACAGGAGCAUGAACGACUUCCUCAUGAAGAAGAUCAACGACUUAGACACGGAGGACAGUAAGAAGGACACCAUGGUGGACGUCGUGUUUAAAAAGGCUCUGAAGGAAUUCCGUCUGAAUAUCUUCAACUCUUACUCCACAGCGCUCGCGAUGGACGAUGGGAAGAGUAUCCGCUACAAAGACCUCUACGCUCUGUUUGAGCACAUCCUGGAGAAGACCAUGCGACAGGAGCAGAGGGACUGGAGAGAAUCUCCUGUCACAGUGUGGGUCAACACCUUUAAGGUUUUCCUGGAUGAGUUCAUGACCGAGUACAAACCUCAGGACAGCACACUCAGCAGGCAGGCACCUAAACCUGAGCGCAAAAAACGGAGGAAAAAGGACACCGACAUUGUGGAGGAGCAUAACGGCCACAUCUUCAAGUCCACCCAGUACAGCAUCCCCACAUACUGUGAAUACUGCUCAUCACUCAUCUGGAUGAUGGACCGGGCCUGUGUGUGCAAAUUGUGCCGGUACGCCUGCCACAGAAAGUGCUGCCAGAAGAUGACCACCAAAUGCAGCAAGAAGUUUGAUCCGGAGCUUUCCUCAAGACAGUUCGGAGUGGAGGUUUCUCGUCUGACUAAUGACGAGAGGACGGUGCCCCUGGUGGUGGAGAAGCUCAUCAACUACAUUGAGAUGCAUGGCCUCUACACUGAAGGAAUAUACAGGAAAUCUGGCUCAACCAACAAAAUAAAGGAGCUCAAGCAGGGACUCGACACAGAUGUUGACAGCAUGAAUCUGGACGACUACAACAUCCACGUUAUCGCUAGUGUUUUCAAGCAGUGGCUGAGAGACCUGCCUAACCCUCUGAUGACGUUUGAGCUGUAUGAGGAGUUUAUACGUACCAUGGCUUUGCAGGAUAAAAAGGAAGCGAUCAGAGGGGUGUAUUCAGUUAUUGACCAGCUAAGCAGAACUCACCUGAACACUGUGGAACGCCUCAUAUUUCAUCUUGUCAGGGUCGCCUUGCAAGAGGACACAAACCGUAUGUCAGCUAACGCCUUGGCUAUAGUGUUUGCUCCCUGUAUCCUGCGCUGUCCUGACACCAUUGACCCGCUGCAGAGUGUCCAGGACAUCGGCAAGACGACAGCGUGUGUAGAGCUGAUCAUUUGUGAACAGAUGAAUAAGUACAAAGUGCGACUAAAGGACAUCAGCAGCCUGGAGUUUGCUGAGAAUAAGGCCAAGUGCAGACUGACCCUCAUUCGACGGUCGAUGAAACCCAUACUAAUAGCUGUUAGAUUCAUGUGCAUAGCGCGCACUAUGAAGACAAAUGCAGCUAAAAAGGGAAGAGGCCAUGUACAGCGACUGAGCUACCACGCGCCCUCGCCGCCAGUUAGUCCGCGGCUGCAGGCUGUGGCUGACCCCGUGAUAGAGGGGAGCGGUGGUGAAGAGAGCGAGGACGCGUUCGCCGAAAUCUCCGAGCAUCAGCAGGCAGCCAUGCAGCAGGAGGAGAGAGUGCUGACGGAGCAGAUUGAGAGCCUGCAGAAAGAGAAAGAGGAGUUGACUUUUGAGAUGCUGACUCUGGAGCCACGAGCAUCGGAUGAUGAGACCCUGGAGUCGGAGGCUUCUAUCGGUACAGCCGACAGCUCUGAAAACCUCAAUGUGGACUCUGAGGGAACCUCUGACUUCUCUGUGUUGACUUCCCCCUGGCCUCGGAGAACUGACAUGACGAGCCCCCGACGUCGCGCUCUCCGCCGGCAGCCUGAAUCCCUGGACUCUGUGGACUCAUCCUCCAGUCCAUCCUCCUACUCCUCCUCGUCACACUUCCACCCGUCGUCCUCUUCCUCCUCUGCCGCCACCUCCCGCCGCUUUCGUUUCCACUCCAAGUCUCCCCCCGCGGGCUCGGGUCCAGGUCCAGCCCAGGCCCAGGUUCUGAAGCCACCUCGAGCCUCCCGAUCCGACAGCAUAGACGGUAGCCCCACGGGAGAUCAGGAAGGCGCGUACGACGAAAGGCCGCAGUUUACCAGCCGAGGCACCUUCAAUCCGGAGAAGGGCAAACAGAAACUUAAAGGGGCCAAGACAACCCUGAGGCACCCCAGAGACGGCGGUGGCCACGGCAGGGACCCUCCAGACCUACCACAGCAGCUGGUACUGUACGGCAGUAAUGAAUUCAUGGUAUGAAGGACACCGGGACACCAAAGCACUCCCUUUCCAACUCCCUCGCAGGCGUGUACGUUCUCAGUGGGAGGUAACGCAAUGGCAACUUGCUUAGCUCCUCUUGAAGUCUGCAAAGAAGUGUCCCCAAGUGCCCGUGUACAGUGUUUCCACCUCCAGAGGAGUGGAGAUGUUUGGCAGAGGGACAGGAAUCAGUGGAAAAGCUCCUCUUCUGUGGACUAAACUGCCACCCACGCUCUCACAGUGCCUCGGCAGCUCUUUACCAAGAGGAGACGCACCGAGCGGUUGGACAGAGAAAAGGGAAAAAUGUUGGAAUAUGCGGAAGACCACUCAGCAUCAGGGAAUGUUACGGAGCUGGAAAGCUGAAGCAGAAGAAAUCAGGCAACAUCCCGGAUGUUACAGUGAGCUUAAAGCUCACCAUUAUUAGCUGCUUUAUGAGUUUACAGUUCAUAACAAUCAGUGUAAGCAGUGGUUGCUCUGUUACUACAAAUUUAUUUUUUCCCUUAUUUAAUAAAUUUUAAUGUCACAGAAAUUCUUUAUAGCAUAUAAUAUACAGGUAUAAAUACUGUACAAAGCCGGAACACCAGCCUCUGCUGGGUAGUUGAAGUCAAAUAUUUAUCUUUUUUUUUUUUUUUUUAGUAUCUUGGACGGAGAUGUACGGAUUUGGGCAGCGGAUGAUUUACGUGUGUGUGCGGCGAGCGCUCAUGCAGCGUGACUGUAUGUUUGUGUGAGAACGAGAAAAACCACUCCAUGUGUUUUUAAGUUUGUGCUGCUUUUUUAUUUUCCCCCCCUUACAAGGGAAAUACCGCCAUCAAAGGGACCAAGUGAGCUGGUGUGUGUUCCAGCCAAAAGGGGAUCCCAGCUCUGUAAAAAAAAUGUCGGAUGUGUAUGAAAUCCCUGCAUUCACUGCUUAACAGCCAUACUACAAUUGUAAUUGUACAGUACAGUUCAUAUGUACAGUAUAGUGGACAAAUGCCAUUCUAUUCUUGAGACCUAUUGUUACCCCUCCCCCCACACUCCCAAACCCAUCCCCAACCUCCUGUCUCUCAAGUGUUUGCUCAAUAGCAACCAAGAAAGAUCAUAAAACCAGUACGGCUUUUGUUUUUA